ACAUUCUCGCGAGAUUUCCCGCGAGGCUGCGCCCAGCUGCAAUAGCGUGGUGUGGACCUGUGCAUGCUAAAACUUGUGCAAAGAAACAUCUAACUUUGCUCCUUUCCAUUUCAUAUUUUUUCAACUGUUUUCUGUUACAUCUGUUGUACAGAACACUCGCGGUCAAAAUGAGUAUACUUGCCAAGAUAGCAGAGAUCGAGAGUGAGAUGGCCAGGACGCAGAGGAACAAGGCCACAGCUCACCACUUGGGUCUGCUCAAAGCUCGUCUGGCCAAACUUAGGAGGGAACUCAUCACACCAAAAGGAGGUGCUGGUGCGGCAACAGGAGAAGGUUUUGAUGUUGCAAAAACUGGUGAUGCUCGAAUCGGCUUUGUCGGUUUUCCUUCAGUGGGAAAGUCGACCCUGCUAAGUAACCUUGCAGGUGUUUACUCUGAGGUUGCUGCCUACGAGUUCACCACUCUUACGACGGUACCCGGAGUUAUUCGCUACAAAGGGGCAAAGAUUCAGCUUUUGGAUCUCCCUGGAAUUAUUGAGGGUGCAAAGGAUGGCAAGGGCAGAGGCAGACAGGUCAUUGCAGUGGCUCGAACAUGCAACCUAAUCCUGAUAGUGCUCGAUGUGUUGAAGCCGCUUGGUCACAAGAAGCUAAUUGAACAUGAGCUAGAGGGCUUUGGGAUCCGACUUAACAAGCAGCCACCCAACAUUGGCUUUAAGAGGAAGGACAAAGGAGGCAUCAACUUCACAGCUACAUGUGCACAGUCCGAGCUGGAUGGUGAAACUGUUAAGAGUAUUCUGGCAGAGUACAAGAUCCACAACGCCGACAUCACUCUGCGCAGUGACUCCACAGCCGAUGACCUCAUUGAUGUGGUGGAGGGAAAUCGGGUCUACGUCCCGUGCAUUUAUGUGCUCAACAAGAUUGAUCAGAUCUCCAUUGAGGAGCUUGACAUCAUCUACAAGGUGCCCCACUGCGUACCCAUCUCAGCCCACCACCGCUGGAACUUUGACGACCUGCUGGAGCGGAUGUGGGACUACCUGAGGCUUGUUCGCAUCUACACCAAACCCAAAGGUCAGCUUCCCGAUUACACUUCUCCCGUUGUACUGCCCGACGGACACACUGCUGUCGAGGAUUUCUGCUUGAAGAUUCAUAAAAACCUCCUCAAAGAACUGAAGUAUGCACUAGUGUGGGGAUCAUCAGUGAAACACAACCCUCAGAAGGUGGGCAAGGACCAUGUGAUGGACGAUGAAGAUGUUAUCCAGCUGGUGAAAAAGUAAAGCCGUGUGGUCGCCUGCAUGGCUCUAGUUCAGUGGCUCCGUAAAUCACCAACCGUAUCCAUGGAAGCAUCUGUGUCACGUGAUUCAUGGCUCUUGCUGUGAUUUUAAAACAACAACAUCAAGUGUUUCCUUUAAAAAUAACCAACAAUACUUAACAUUUAUGAAUAGUUCAUAUUGAAUAUUGGUUAAGGCUUGCAAUAAAAUCUAAACAUUGAA